GAUUUCGGGCGGAGAAUUCAAUCUGCAACCAUCAUAGAUUUCAUCGACAACCCCUCUUUCUUCUUUACUUGUACUUCAUUGCUCUCACACUCCAUCGCUCAACUGCAACGCCUAAUUUCUUGAAAUCUUGGCUUCCCCUCAGUUAUUGCCGACGUUUGAUAUAAGACAUGGAUUCCGCCGCCAUGACAUUUUGCAGAAGUAAACCAAUCUCUUCUCCUCCGGGUUUAUUCAUUGGGAGGUCUAGUGGAAUCAAGAGCUCCCAGUGUAACUUCUUGGUGGGAAGUAAGGUGAGCUUUCCUAGGCAGAGAGUUCAGGCUUCUCAAAAGGUUCGUAGAUCGGCGAAACGUGAGGGAGCACUUGGUGUUACUUGCCGUGCUGAAAAAAUUCUGGUGGCAAACAGAGGGGAAAUUGCGGUUCGAGUGAUUCGAACAGCUCAUGAGCUAGGGAUUCCUUGUGUUGCAGUGUACUCCACCAUAGAUAAGGAUGCACUUCAUGUGAAACUUGCUGAUGAAUCAGUUUGCAUAGGAGAAGCUCCUAGUAGCCAAUCGUACUUGCUGAUACCCAAUGUCCUGUCUGCUGCUAUCAGUCGUGGAUGUACAAUGUUGCAUCCCGGUUAUGGUUUCCUUGCUGAGAAUGCAGUUUUUGUUGAGAUGUGUAGAGAGCAUGGAAUCAACUUCAUUGGGCCAAAUCCUGACAGUAUUCGUGUUAUGGGGGACAAAGCAACUGCCAGAGAUACCAUGAAGACUGCUGGUGUUCCAACUGUACCAGGAAGUGAUGGACUAUUACAGAGCACCGAAGAAGGCAUCAGGCUCGCCGAUGAGAUUGGCUUUCCUGUGAUGAUCAAGGCUACAGCAGGUGGUGGAGGUCGUGGAAUGCGUCUUGCAAAAGAGCGUGACGAGUUUGUGAAGUUGUUGCAGCAAGCUAAGAGUGAGGCUGCGGCUGCAUUCGGAAAUGAUGGUGUUUAUUUGGAGAAGUACAUUCAAAAUCCAAGGCACAUUGAAUUCCAGGUUCUUGCAGAUAAAUUUGGAAAUGUUGUUCACUUUGGAGAGCGUGACUGCAGUAUUCAGAGAAGGAACCAAAAGUUGCUUGAAGAAGCACCCUCGCCUGCAUUAACCCCAGAGCUGCGGAAAGCCAUGGGUGAUGCAGCAGUUGCUGCAGCAGCAUCAAUUGGCUACAUUGGUGUUGGUACUGUAGAGUUUCUUUUGGAUGAAAGAGGUUCAUUCUACUUCAUGGAAAUGAACACUAGAAUCCAGGUAGAGCAUCCUGUGACCGAAAUGAUAUCUUCAGUUGACUUGAUAGAGGAGCAGAUCCGGGUGGCUAUGGGUGAGAAACUACGGUAUACACAGGAUGAGAUCGUGCUUAGAGGACACUCAAUUGAAUGUCGUAUUAAUGCAGAAGAUGCUUUCAAAAAUUUCAGACCUGGACCAGGGAGAAUAACAUCUUACUUGCCAUCUGGAGGUCCGUUCGUGCGAAUGGAUAGCCAUGUAUAUACUGAUUACGUUGUUCCACCAAGCUAUGAUUCUCUUCUUGGAAAGCUUAUCGUAUGGGCCCCAACAAGAGAGAAGGCAAUCGAACGCAUGAAAAGGGCUCUAAACGAUACCAUUAUCACAGGGGUUCCAACGACAAUCGAGUACCACAAGCUAAUUCUCGACAUUGAAGACUUCAAAAACGGAAACGUUGAUACUGCUUUCAUUCCAAAGCACGAGGAGGAAUUAGCCGAGGUAAAGAGCUGAAAUACAAACGAAAACGACACACAUGUAAACCGUAACUUGAUACAAAUUGCAUCAAAAUGAAACACACUUCGUUUUGAAUCUUAUUUUGGGGGCUUACUUUCAAAAACUCUAUUUUGGGGAAUCGUACUAUAACUUUUAUUAACAAAAAAGCGUAACGUAUCUGUAAAGAAAAAAAAAUCAUCCUUGAAAAUCAACUAUUAAACUUUCUUAUUUGAAAUAUCUUGUCGUAGACGCCCAAAUGUUGGUU